CGAGAGGCGCUGCGGUGGCCGGUUGUAACCUUCUCUUUACGACGUGACGGCCGUGCUUCGCGUCGCGUUCGACGGGGUAUCGCAUUUCGUAUCCAGCAAAAUUUAUAAUAAUCCGAAGGAUUUCUAGCUGGAAAAAUGGUUCAGAAGAAGCCUAAGAAGAAGGUUGGAAAGAAAGUAGCUGCCGCGCCAUUGGCAGUUAAAAAAGUUGAACCGAAGAAAGUGACCAAUCCACUCUUCGAGAAACGAACACGCAACUUUGGCAUUGGUCAGGACAUUCAACCAGCACGUGAUCUCAGCCGCUUUGUAAGAUGGCCCAAGUACAUCCGCAUCCAACGCCAGAGAUCUGUGUUGCAGAAGAGACUGAAAGUUCCACCAACUAUAAACCAGUUUACACAAACUUUAGAUAAACAAACUGCAACACAGUUAUUCAAAGUGUUGGAGAAGUAUCGUCCUGAAUCAGCAGCCAUGAAAAAGGCACGAUUGAAGGCAAGAGCUGAGCAAAAGAUUGCAAAAAAGGAGGAUACACCGACGAAGAAGCCAAACGUCAUUCGCAGUGGAACCAAUACAGUGACCACGCUAGUGGAACAGAAAAAAGCUCAGCUAGUUGUUAUAGCUCACGACGUCGAUCCUAUUGAGAUCGUAUUAUUCCUUCCUGCUUUGUGUCGCAAGAUGGGCGUACCAUAUUGUAUCGUUAAAGGCAAGGCACGUUUGGGUCGUCUGGUUAGACGCAAAACCUGCUCAGCAGUUGCUCUCACUCAAGUUGAUUCUGGCGAUAGAGCCAACUUCGCAAAGAUUGUUGAAGCCAUUAAAACGAACUUCAAUGAUCGAUAUGAUGAAAUUAGGCGUCACUGGGGCGGUGGUUUAUUGGGCAGUAAAUCCGCAGCCAGGAUAGCGAAAUUAGAAAAGGCUAAGGCCAAGGAACUUGCACAGAAACAAGGUUAGCGUGCCUAUAUCGUUUAUAUCGGAAUAUAAAAAAAAAUAAAAGAUAAAAUACAUCUAA